AUGUCUUGUUUGAGCAUAAGGCUUCCUCCAGCCAAGAAGGCAUGGAAGAGCUUUACUUCAAAACUUCAAACCAGGCUGCAUAAACUUCACAAAUCCAAAGCUAUCAAAAAACCCAAGAAUAAUCGGCUGCAAACAGCUGCUUCAAAAACUACCAGGCCUUCACUUUUCCUGGGGCAACGCCUAAUUCAGCGGAACAGGCGACGUCGUGCUCUUCCUUUUGGCUACCAACGCCACUACGUCUCCAAAAAUAAAGCUGCUGCGCCUGUUUACAUAGAUAAGCUCUUUAAAGAGGCGCCUGUCACCGAACUGGCGGGGUUUAUUCCUGAUCAGCAAACAUCAGAGAAGAGUGAUGUUCAAAGGGAAAAGAAUGAGAAGCAGAUCAUUGAUCAAGCUGCUGCUGAAGAGGCAGGAACGAGCAGGGGAGGAGAAAAGAUGGUGGAUGAAAAAUCUAGUGUGGGAGAUGAUAUGUGGGAAUCGAUAGGAUUGGCGUCGCCUAUGCUGCACGGAAUAGAUGCAAGAGCAGAAGAAUUUAUUGCAAGUUUCCGAGCAGAAAUGGAGCGUCAGGAAAUUAUAGCACGUAAUUUGUAG